AAGCCAGCAAGCUGCUCCUCCUGCUGCUGUCAGGGAGCCGAGACUCCAGAAAACGCCUUCAGUCCGUGUCCCAGGUGGCCGAUGGCUCGGCUUCAAGAAUCCGCGCACACCUGGCGUCGAGGCGUUGGCUGGGGCAUCGGGCUGGGGGCCCAGAGCGAGGAUUCCUCCAUGACCCCCUACUGGCAUCUCCUACGAAUGCCUUGUUUGGGGACUUCACUGUAUUAUGUGGUCCUUGUCUCUCGGGUAGACCGGGAGGUCCCCAAGAGCGCAGGCUCCUCUCGGGGCUCGCAGCACCCUGCAGAGUCAAGGAGAAAGCCGGGAAGGGGGAGCUGCGAGGCCAGGAGGCCAGCAGGCCAGCAGGCCAGGAGAACUCCCCUCUGCCUCCUUCUCUCCUCUUAGGGGGCCUGCUGUGUCUCACCACGAGAGCCAACUCUUCCAACCUACCUUACAAGGAGGCCCUGGAGGCCCAACUGGCCAGCCUGGAGCAGGCUGGGAAAUGGAAGCGAGUGCUGGUGCGCACUGUGGAUCAGUGGGAACGGGCUACCUCGGAGCAGGAGCUUCCACCCUCGGCAGGCAGCAGCCCUGGCUUCAUCCCGGGGGCCAUCUACCUCUAUCGCAAGCAGGAAGCUGUCCCAGCCCAGGGCUCCGGGUUCUAGUGGGCCACAGCCAGAAGACCGCAGGCCAUUGGUCAGCUGUCUGGCCUGACGCAAGUCCCUUCCUUCCUAGCCCAAUGCCUGGCACGUAGUAGACACCUAAUAAGUACUGGCUGAUGCCUGCACUUAGUUUUUCUCAUCUGUAAAAUGGGGACACAUCAGUCCUGUUCUGGCCCCUCGGGGUGGUCUGCAGAUACAAUGAAUGAAAAGAGGAGAACACCCUUUGACAAAUGAGCGGCCAUCUAUAACCCGGAUCUAAUUGCUUACUUAGGGAGGGAGAGGAUGUGGAUCUUACACAUUCAGAUAAGGAAUGCUGGAAAUUAUUACAUGGAAUUGGGAAAAGACAAAAAUUAAAUAAGAAAGAAACGAAUAAAAACAAAAGAAAAAUGAGCCACAUGUGAAUUGGAGAGCCAGUUGUUUGUUUUGUUUUGUUUUGAAAUAAAAACGAAAUCCCGUAUCUGCCACCUGGA